UUAUUUUUUGUUCCGCAGCUAGAGACCACCACUGAGAACGAGUUGUCACUUCAUUUCUUGUUCUUUGCGUUUGUUUAUAGAGAGCGUGUUGUGAAUUUCUGUAUUGUGUUUGAACUAUUUAUUGUAUGUAUAUUAUUUCAAUUUAAUUAUUCUAUAUCGGAUCAUGGUCGACAAGUUACAUUACAAUACUACUUUGUCCCAGACAUUUUCUCCAUGUGGAAAUUACUUAAUUGCCGGCAAUAUCUAUGGAGAAAUUGCAGUGUUUGAUAUUGCAAGUGUAGUGAACCCUCCAGACGGGCCGAACACGAGCCUGAAGCCCCUGUACCACUUCACCACUCCCAGAGAUGAACAGAUCUGCAGUCUGGCCAAGACCGACAAGUUCCUGAUCGUAGGUACGGUGGGCGAGAUCACCGGAUGGGACUGGGCGACGAUAGGUCACAACAAGCACCCCAAACUGUCAUGGACCAUACAGAUACCGGCGUCAAG